AUUAUCCGGGCAAAGCCACAAAGCGCUCUUUUGAAUGUAUGGGAGAGAGAGAGAGACGCCUCGUUUGCUGCAACUGGUGGAUUCCUGCGCGUUUUAAAAACCUACACCAGGCCCCCGCGUUACACGCACGUAAACCCCCUGCCAAACGCCGAGAGAAACAGCUAUAAUACACUCUACAGAGAUUCUGUGAUAUUUAAUUAUGGUUUUGUAAAGCAUAAAUAUAUGAAGGCCACGGAUACCACAUCUGACUUUUAAAGUAAAGAACAGUCAUUUUCACGCACGCGGCUGUAUAUUUAGCUGUGACGUGCGCCAGCGAGUUAACUUUUAUGACGUCUUUUUUUUUUCAAGGUAAAUCCCGUUCUAACGUCGUGUUCGACGUCUUUCGUGCGGGGGGACGCCUGGAAGUUUCUGGGGAAGCAGACAGCUCGCUGACCGGGGGGGUGAAGCCGAGGGGAGACGGUGAACUUCCUCCGAGAGAAGCUGCCACGUCUGAGCUCCCAGUCGGUCCUAGCCACAUUUCCUCUGGAGCACAUCGCUCGAAAAGGACAGCAGCGGAGGACGGGGGAGAAAACUAGAUUUAAUUAACGAUCUGCCAUGCUGCCCAGGCUUCCUGUCUAUAUCCUCAUUUCUCUGCCAGUGCUUCUGGUGCAGGGCAGCACUGCUGGUUCAUCCAAGAAGAGCCCCACAGCCUCAGCCAGCCCCCCACCUCACCCGCCUCCUCCACCUCAGGGUGACCCCAGCUGGGUUCUGGGUCUGCGCCUGUACCAGGCCCUCCGCUCGGACUCGAGCUCAGUGAACACCCUCUUCUCCCCUGUGCUCGUGGCUUCCUCGCUUGGAGCGUUGGGUGGAGGAUCGGCGGGCACCACCGCCAGCCAGCUCCAAGACCUCCUCAAGACCUCACCCCCCUCCAAGGCUGGAGCCGGGGAUCUUCUCUCUGGAGCGUUGAAGAGUUUCACCGAUGCCAACGGGACCAGCUUUCACCUGCACACAUCCUCAGCUCUGUUCUCUAAGCAAGCCCCAGCAAUCAGCCAGGCGUUUGUGAAGGACAGCCAGGCCAGGUUCAGGCUGCAGCAUAAGGCCCUGGGGAAAGGAGACCCCGAGGCUGACCUGAAGCUGCUCCAUGGCUGGGCUAAAGCCGGGCUCGGUGGGCUGGAGGGAGCUCCUUUAGCGGCUCAAGUCCAGGCUAAGGCUGGAGCCCUGAUACUGGCAAAUGCCCUACGCUUUACAGGGCUGUGGCAGAGAGAGUUCAGCAAGGAGAGUACCGAUCAUCGUACCUUCUUGGGGAAGAAAUACACCAAAGUGAUGAUGAUGCACAGAGCAGGCUUGUACCGUCACCAUGAAGACAUAGAAAACAUGGUGCAGGUUCUAGAGGUGCCGCUAUGGGAAGGCAAGGCCAGCGUGGUGCUCCUGCUUCCCUUCCACGUCGAGAGUCUGACGAGGUUGGAGAAGCUCCUGACCCCGGAGCUGCUUUCGAGUUGGCUGGCAAAGGCCAAUGUCACCAGCGUGGCCAUUUCGCUUCCCAGGGCGAACAUCAGUAGCACACUCAGUCUGCAGGAGUCGCUGUUUGCUCUGGGCUUGACAGACGCCUGGGACCAGAAGGUCGCCGAUUUCUCCGGGGUGUCAGAGAAGAGCAAGGGGAAACUCCACCUGGGUGGGGUGCUCCAGUGGGCCUCCCUUGAGCUGGCUGCUCAAGCUGGGAAAGGAGAGGACAAACUAGAGGAGGAGAACAUAGAAAAGCCCAAGCUCUUCUACGCCGACCACCCCUUCAUCAUCUUCGUGCGAGACAACACUACUGGAGCGCUGCUGUUGAUUGGAGCUCUGGACCAUGCCGAGGGAGAGGCCCUCCACGAUGAGCUGUAGCACCCUCCAACGCCUCUUGCUUUCUUUUCUGGCUCCAUCUCUUACACCCUCCCUCUCAAAGACUACACACUGGUUUCUAAGUCGAGACAUUGUCAUUCACCGUGGCACACUAUCAUAUCAGGCUACAGCUGGCUGUCACACAUUGACACGGCAUAGUCUCGCGCUGACUGACACUGACACCGCUAUACCCGACGCUGACACACAGUCGCACGCACACCGACACCUACAUGGCAUACAUAAAUGGAGAUUCUGUGCAAGACAUUACGAAAGUUGACGGCUACAGAGAAAACAGUAACUUGUCUCCCGCGCAUUCGCACAUAGACACAUAUAUACAACCAAGGGCCGCAGUGAGCAAGUCAACACAAAACAAAAUGACAAACAAGAGCGCAUUGACAAACACUAACAUGCUGACAAGCAGAAGUGGGUACACUGACACAACACUUAGAGCAGCAUCAACAAAGAUCUUUAACGAAGAGCGGCACGCAGUGACACUUGAAUCCUUCCUGUCAGGCAAACACCAGGGCAGGUGAUUGUGUGUGUGUGUGUGUGUGUGUGUGUGUGUGUGUGUGCGUGUGUGCGUGCGCGCGCGUGUGCGCGCGCGUGGUGACCGACCGAUCAAGGGUGCCCAAGAGGCCGUUCUCGGAGCUGGCAGGGACCUGGGCGGGGUCCCCUGGGCUAGAUCUGAGGAAGACUGAUGGAUCGGCCAAGUGCUUAUUGAUGAGCCAGCUUAAUGCUAAUGGCCGUAAUGAGUCACACCGCUUGUCAACAACACGGAGAGGACGGGGGAACCUUUUAAUCUCUUAAUACCGUCAAGGAUCAAUGACACCGUUAUGCCGCUGGAAACAAAUAUGACCGACAUUGCUUGACUGAAAUGUAACAACUUAAUAUUUCAGAUGAUUACAGCAAUUGAAAGAGGUGUCGAUUUUCAUAUGUAUAUUGGUUUUCUAGAGCACCAGAGUGGAUGGUUGGAAUAUGUGAAUGACCUGGGAUAGUUUUAAUAUUUGAGAAGGUGCAUUUUUCUUAAAAUAAAUAUGUAUGUUUUUAAUUCAUUUUUCACUUGCGCUUCGUGAUUUAAAAAAAAAAAAAAAAAAAAAACAAUCAUUGAAACAUAUACUAUUAAUUUCUGAUUUGUGUGGACUACCACUGCUCCAGCUUUCUUGACAGCACAGAUGCAAGGCUUUUUUUUUUUUUCUUUGCCCUGAACCGUAUUGGCUGACAUUGAGCCUCAAGGGUGCAUGGAAGCCCCAAUCUAGCAUCUGUUAUUGGAUUUUGAGGGGCAACACUUGAUAGGCUACUAGUGUCUUAAAAGUGCAGUCACUCACUACAUGCUUCCCAACAAACAAAAAAAAAGGUCAAAUGUCCUACUUCCAUUUCCACGAAUGAAUAACAGAAAUAAAACACACGAGGGAAUGGGAAAAGUAGCCCCUCCUUGCCAUAUUUCUGUCUAUCUAUGCAGCGUGCUUUAGUGGUGUACUGGCUGUCCAUGGGUUUACAGACAAAGAACACUUGUGAGACUCAGUAUUCAUUGUCAGUAAGAAUGUGUGCUACAUCUGCCCUGGUAUACUGCUAAGUAACAGCGUCUAGACACACAGCUGGUCGGUCUGAUGCACAGCAUUCAACGAAUCUGUUCCUGUAACACUCCGGUACAGCUUUGUUCCUAAUUUAGCCCUCCGCACAGGUCUGCUCGGCAACAGAAUGUGGCGUACGUGUGUGUGCGUGUGUGUGUAUAUGUGUUGGUGUGCGUUCAUGUGUGAAUAAAGCUACCACAAUGA